GAGCCGCAGUAUUCUUUUCUCAUCUCAUCGAAAAUAGUUAAAAUUUUCAAAAACAUCACAUUGCUAUUGUGCACGAAUUAAUUUAAUCAUAAAAAGACAAAUAACUACUAAGACUCUUGAACUCCAGAAAUUCGUGUUGACUGCCCAGAGUCCGCGAAUUUCCGCAAUCGUUAUCAACUUGCUCACUCUUGAUACUAAACCAGGCGUGUCGGUCUAAGACAGAAAAUAUGGCUCAAACUAUAACUUUCGGUGACUCAUGCGCUCCUAUAACGUGUCACGCUUGGAAUAAGGAUAGAAGCCAAAUUGCGCUGUCCCCAAACAACAAUGAAGUCCACAUCUAUGAAAAAGAAGGAAAUGAUUGGAAACAAACCAACAACUUGGUGGAACAUGACUUGAGGGUCAUGGGCAUUGACUGGGCACCAAACACCAAUCGUAUUGUAACCUGCUCUGUGGACCGCAAUGCCUAUGUUUGGACACAGGGGGAGGAUGGAAAGUGGACCACGACACUGGUAUUGCUCCGUAUAAACCGGGCUGCCACCUGCGUGAAAUGGUCCCCUAUGGAAAACAAGUUUGCGGUUGGCUCAGGAGCUCGCCUGAUCUCCAUCUGCUACUUUGAGAAGGAAAACAACUGGUGGGUAUCCAAGCAUAUCAAGAAGCCUAUCAGAUCUACUGUUACCAGCCUAGAUUGGCAUCCAAACAACAUUCUUCUGGUGGCUGGAUCAGCUGAUUUUAAGGUCAGAGUCUUCUCUGCCUACAUCAAGGAUAUUGAGGACCAGCCUGGACCUAAUGUGUGGGGGUCGAAGCUGCCCCUCGGACAGCUCCUGGCAGAGUUCCCCAAUACUCAGUCAGGAGGAGGAUGGGUUCACAGUGUGUCAUUCUCAGCUGACGGAAACAAAGUGGCCUGGGUCGGCCAUGACAGCUCUAUCAAUGUGGCUGAUGCUACACAAGGGAAGUCAGUAAUCAAGAUUAAGACUGAAUACUUGCCAUUCUUGGGGUGUCAUUGGAUUUCCAACAACUCUAUUGUAGUGGCAGGUCACAGCUGCAUUCCACUUCUAUACUGCCACGAGGGCAACAGCCUCAAGUUUGUUGCUAAGCUGGACAACACUCAGAGGAAGGAGUCUGGAGGUUUGUCUGCAAUGAAAAAGUUCCAGUCCCUGGAUCGUCAAGCUCGUAUUGAGACCAAUGAUACUUAUCUGGAUUCAAUCCAUCAGAAUGCGAUCACUGCCAUUAACCUGUACAAGGGGUCCAAGGCUGGUGCAGAUAAGUUCAGCACCUCGGGACUGGACGGACAGCUAGUCAUCUGGGAUCUCCGCUCCCUUGAAAAGACUAUGGAUGGUCUCAAAAUUGUCUAAGAAAAAGACAUGAUUAAAGUAUGAUUUUAUUUUUAAGAAUAAUAUGAAUCAAUAUGCAUGUGAGUUCUGAAAUCACUCUUAGAAAAGGUUAAAAUAUAACAUAGAAAGCAGUGGAAAAGACGCAAUCACAGUUUGAUCAGUCUAGCACUAGAAAAAGCAAAAAUGGCGUGAAUUCAGCUCUCCACACAGUAAUAAUAAUAACUUUCAAAUAUACAGAAAAACAAUAAAUUUAUAGAUACAGCUAUGAUUUUUAUACUAUA